GGCAGGAAGUUAGCUGAAGCUAGCUCAUAACCAAUAAUGAAGACACCGAGGAGCAUUUAGCUGCCUUUAAACGCUCCUUACAAAAUAACCAGGUUUUUCACUUGUAUUUGAAGUCACAGUCCAAGGCAGCUAUGUCUUCAGCGGUGGACCUGAAGACCAAGGAGGAGAAAGAUGCAGAGUUGGACAAACGAAUUGAAGCUCUGAGGAAGAAGAACGAAGCUCUGGUGAAGAGGUACCAGGAAAUUGAGGAAGACAAGAAGAAGGCGGAGCAGGAAGGCAUCGCUGUGACGACGCCCCGGAAACCCCGGACACAUGAGCCGGAAGCGGAGAGGAGGAAGACGGAGAAGGAGAACCUGACGGUCACAGUGGAUCUGUCCAAACCGGCAGGGCAGGACAAGAGAAUUGUGAACGACUGGAACCCCAGUACGCCCCGCAGCCGGAAGAAAUCAGAGGAGAGCGACAGUCCUAAAGGUCAGAGCGAUGGCCGCAGUCCCCCCAGGAGGACGGGGUCGGGCAGAGUGGGCCGAGGCGGUCAGAGAGGAGGAGUAGGAGGAGGACGCCAAGAGAGGAGGGACCGGGAGACCAGAACUCCCAGGGAGGGAGAGUCUGCUGAGCCAGGCGGCCAGGGACGGAGAGGAGGAAGACGAGGAGGAAGAGGCGGGAGAGGAGGAGGAGGAGGAGGAGGAGGAAGAGAAGGAAGAGAAGGAGGAGCAGGAAACGGAGGCGGAGAGGAAGGUACACCAGGAGGAAUGGACAGAAAGUCCAAGGAAUGGGAGGAGAAAAGGCGGCAGAACAUUGAGAAGAUGAAUGAGGAGAUGGAGAGGAUAGCAGAGUACGAACGAGGGCAGAGGGUGGAUGGAGACAAGCCGAUCCGUAAUUUUCUGGAUGACCCGAGGCGUUCGGGUCCGGCUCCAGACAUUGACCGGAAAGAAGGCAGCAGGAGACACGUCCGGAACUGGGGAGGGCUGGACUUUGACAACGUGAAAACGGGACACGAACUGGAGCGAGAGUGGACCAGUCGGCGGCCGGGUCCGAAAGGAGGUUCUGUGGACAUGACGAUGUCGAUGACCGGCCGCGAGAGAUCAGAGUACCUCCGCUGGAAGAAGGAGCGCGAGCAGAUCGACGAGGAGAGACUGGCACGCCACCGAAACGCCACGGGCCAGUGGAGGCGGGAGUGGGACGCGCAGAAGACUGACAGCAUGUUCAAGGAGGAUCCGCAUGUGGCUGCAGAGGGCGUAACAGCAGAGGAGGGUGGCAGGAGAGCAGACGACAGCAAGCGGCCUCCUAGAGGACCAACAUUUGGUGACUUCCUGUCCCAGGGCAGAAGCCAGGGGCCCCGCGGGGACCGGAGCAGAGGACGGGGCCGAGGACAGAGGCAGAGCUACAGCAUGCACGACAACCGCUGGGAAGGAGAGAAAGAAGAAGAAGAGGAGAAAGAAAAGCAGGACAAGACAAAGAAUGAGGUGAAAGCUGCAGCAAAGAAAACAAAGAAAGAAGAAGAGAAACCCAAAGCUGAAACAGAAGAGCCAAAGGUGGAAGAGAAAAACGAAGACGAGGCAGGAGACGAUGAUGAUGAGUGGGAGGACACCAGCGAAGAGGAGGAAGCCGGAGACAGGAGCAACUCGGAGAAAAAAGACAAGGGCAAAGCCGUCUCUUCUCCGUCGGCCAAACAACGUUUGCAGGAGAAAACGGCGGGAAGCCCGAAGGAGCAGCGGGCGCCGAGGCCCAAGGUCCGAAUCCCUCCUCCUGCUGCGGCGGCGGCUCAGGAGUCAUCAGACGGGGGGAAGCCCCUCAGCCCCUGCUUUUCGCUGGAGAGCCACCGCCCAGUGUCGGACUGGGGCGAGGAGAUGGAGAUGCAGUCGCCGCGAAGCAGCAUGGGGGCGGAGAGCCCGCUGAAGCCCUCCAGCUCCGAGUCCAGCCCACCGCAGAAAAAGGAGAGCCAAGAUGGCGGCGCCGGCGAACCGCGCGAGGCGCCCACGGAUGAAUCUGCUCCUGUGGCGGACACCCAGGAGAACGUCACCGAGUCAGAACCGGAACAGACCGCCUCAGAACCUCCGCCUGAAGCUUCGGACCUCGCCCCGUCCUCCGCUGCUCCUCAGGUCGACGAGGUCGCCGUGACAUCCAACCCGAAUCCACUUCCUGCUCCAUCAGAAGAGGGCCAGUCGGACCCUCCCCGUCCUGCUGAGUCCGUUAACGGCGAACAGAUUUCCUCUGACGCGCCGGUAGAGAACGAAGACGACACGCCGCCUGCUGGGAGCGACGACGCCCCGGCAGCCGAAGCCGAACUUUCCUCAGAUCAAACUUCAUCAGGUUGAGACGGACAGGAGAGGGAGCAAAACACUGGGGGCGCCGAGGUUUACGUCUAAAUAUGACUUUAAUCAUCAUCAUCAUCAUCAUGAGGAAGAGGAGUGGCGGAGCUUCACACAACGGACCAACCGGUCACUCUCAGCUGGUUUCAAGACUUUGGAUCCAUCUGAUCCGCCGCAGCAUCGUCUCCAUCUGAUCCGCCGCAGCAUCGUCUCCAUCUGAUCCGCCGCAGCAUCGUCUCCAUCUGAUCCGCCGCAGCAUCGUCUCCAUCUGAUCCGCCGCAGCAUCGUCUCCAUCUGAUCCGCCGCAGCAUCGUCUCCAUCUGAUCCGCCGCAGCAUCGUCUCCAUCUGAUCCGCCGCAGCAUCGUCUCCAUCUGAUCCGCCGCAGCAUCGUCUCCAUCUGAUCCGCCGCAGCAUCGUCUCCAUCUGUCUCUCCAGGAUUCUGAAUGUUUUCAUCCAGGAUUUCUUCCUCCGGUGAGAGACGAACCACAUGUCAACCUGGAGUCUGGAUUUGGUUUGUUGAAACAAAAAUCUGUUUUUUCCACAUUUAUUACAUCAAAUCAUGGUUUGAAAUCUUAAAUGUUUAAUUUCUCUUGUCGUUUUCUCACUUCAAAUUUCUUUCAUGAACAGAAAUCUGUGUAAAAAGGGGCAUUUUUAGCAUCUUUUGGCACCUUUUCCUAAAAUAAUGAUAUAAUCUAGUUUGGGUCAAACCUCAUUUUCAGCAAAGUGAGUUAAAUUCAGAUAUUUAGAUUAGAAAUGACCACAUUGUACCACAUUAUUCACAAUUUUGCAGAAAAAACUGGCUUGGUGACGUUAUGAAGUCACCUGCAGCCGCUAGCGAUGCUAAGCUAGUUGAUUCAAAGCUUCGCUCUCAGGUUAAAGCGUAAUUGUUGGUUUUAAAUCCACCUGGAGGAUGCGAGUAAAGGGGACCUGACUCAUUAAUCCAUGUUGUAAAUAAGAUCAAGUGACUGGAAGGAUUUGAAUGUGAACUGAUGGAAAUGGAGGCAACAUGGCGUCCGAGUCUGAAAUGCUGAUUAUUAUGUUGCUUGGAUUUAAAUCAUAAAGUCUGUUUUUACUACAUUUUUAAUGAAAUGCUGCAUCAUAUCAAAUCAUGUUUUUAAUUUUGAACAAUCGUGUUUUGCUUUAAAGCGGCUCCUCUUUUCUCUUCAUCCAUUAUGUCUGAGUUUGUUGCCACAGCGACGCAAAGAACAACACUGCCUCUGAUGCUCGAAGUUUGUUUUUGUACUUUAAGUUUCCUUAAAAUGAUGUUUUGUUGGAUGCAGUACGUGUGUUUUGUCUCUCCCCUCAUACCUCAGCAGACCAAGAGGGUUUUUAUUUGGUUUGUUUGAGUUUUUCCUCGUCUGUAGAUGUUGUUUUAUCCGAGCAGCUGUGUGGCGUUUGAGGACAAAACGACAAACUGAUUGCUUUACAGUCUUUGUGUCUGGUAUCUGAUGAAUAAAAAUCAUGAAUUUGGGUUCAAA